AUGAUUCACCAGGAGAAGGAACCCGAAACCCUAAUACAAGAUAAGGCCCCAGAGAGCCCUAUUCAGCCGACGGAGGAUGAGAAAGAUGACCACGAGUAUCCACCACUAUGGGAGGCAAUCCUGCUGACGGCCACGCUGUUUUGCAGCUUUUUCUGCUGUGCUCUGGAUCAAACUAUACUGGCGACAGCUAUCCCCCGAAUCACCGAUGAAUUCCAAUCCCUCGACGACAUCGGCUGGUACAGCGGCUCGUUCCUGCUGACCAUGUGCGCCACCAAGAUGGUCUGGGGAAAGAUGUACCUGUUUUAUCCGGCCAAAUGGGCCUUUCUGAGCGGGUUGUUUCUCUUCGAGGUCGGCUCCUUGAUAUGCGGCGCCGCUCCGUCGUCGGUGGCUCUGAUCAUCGGACGAUGCAUCGCAGGUAUCGGCGCUUCUGGCAUAGAUUCCGGCGCCAUCAUCAUCGUCCUCUAUAUUGCUCCGGUGCGAAAGCGCCCGAUCUUCAUCAGUUGUUUGGGAAGUGUGCGUGGGAUCACCAGCGUUGCGGGACCACCACUCGGAGGUGUCUUCACUGACCACGCGACCUGGAGAUGGUGCUUCUACAUCAAUCUCCCCUUCGGUGCCGUGACCCUCAUCGGCAUCUUCAUCUUCCUGUCCCCUAAAACGCCCUCCAUGUCGCAUCUCAACUUCAGACAGAAGGCCCAGCGCAUGGACAUCCUCGGCACUCUCUGCUUCAUCCCUGGCGUCGUCGCCCUCCUACUGGCAAUCCAAUGGGGCGGGUCCGACUUCGCCUGGAACAGCUGGCGCAUCAUCCUCCUGUUCACGCUGGCCGGCGUGCUUCUCUUCUCCUUCGGCGUCAUCCAGGUCUUCUCACCCGAGGACCGCGCCACGAUCCCACUCCGGGUUCUUCGCGACCGCAACAUCCUCGGCGGCCUCUGGUACGUGAGCUGCCUCUUCGGCGCGCUCUUCGUAAUGAUCUACUACCUCCCCAUCUGGUUCCAAUCCAUCAAAAACGUCUCCGCCACGAACUCCGGCCUCAUGCUCCUCCCCACCGAGCUAGGCAUGGUCAUCUUCUCGCUGAUCGGCGCCACCCUCGUCACCGUGACCGGCUACUACACGCCCUUCAUCGUCAUCUCGCCCGUACUCUUCAGCAUCGGCACCGGCCUCCUCUCCACCCUCACCCCCACCUCCGGCACCGCGUCCUGGCUCGGCUACCAGAUCCUCAUGUCCGCGGGGGCAGGUCUGGGCGCGCAGAACGCAUACAUGGUUGCGCAGGUGGGGAUCCCGCCGUCGGACAGCAUCAUGGCCAUUACGAUGAUCUCGUUUGUGCAGCUGCUUGCGGGCGCCGUGAUGCUGGCUGUCUCUGAGAGUGUGUUUCAUCGAUAUCUGGGGGCGGAGAUGGCGGGUGUGGAUGGGUUAGAUGGCCAGGUUGUGACUGGGGCGAGUGUGGACUGGGAGAAGGUUCCGGGGGACUUGGUUGGGGAUGUGCUGUCGGGUUAUAAUCGGGCGAUUGUCAGGACGUUCUACAUUGCGGUUGUGCUUGGGGCGGUGGCGUUUUUGGGCACGGUGGUGCUGGAGUGGAAGUCUGUUAAGGCUGGGAAGGGGGAGGGGAGAAUACAUCCAACGGACAGCCCAAACAUAACUGAGCCAAGCCCUCCACAUUCUCUGCCUCCCGAAGAACCAUGA